AUGAUUUCACUCUCGGAUACGGAAGAAGAGCAGCACAACUCGGACCGACCAUUGUUUAAUCAUUUACUGGAAGAAGAGGAUGAUCAUCACGAACACCAUGGUAGCAGCGGAAGAGGUAGUAUUGGAGGCUUGGCUCAAUACGGACGUAGCUCUUUGGGUGGAAGUGGACAAGCUGCUCCUGUCAUACCCUCACUCGUGGAUCCAUCCGGUAUCAAGACUUCUUUUUCCAAGUUUUUACAGGAAUGUGUAUUGAGUUCGGAACAAUUGAAACAAACCAUUUCUUUGACGAAUACGUUUAAAUUAGACGUUGCUCGUUUGAAACAACAUGAUGAACAGCUGUAUCAUAUUUUGGUUCAAUAUCCCGAGACGGUAAUUUCAAUUUUUGAUGUCGUGAUGAGUGAAGAAUGGCACAAGAGCCAGGGAGAGGAAUGUACAAUUACCAUCACUGUAAACCUUGAUACAUUUAAACCAAUGAGAGCACUCAACCCAACGGAUAUUGAUAGACUUGUUGGAAUUCAGGGAAUGGUUACAAGACUGAGUGAAAUUAUUCCGGACAUGAGAGGAGCUUAUUUUAAAUGCUCGGGAUGCAGUGCCUCGAAGUAUGUUCCACUCACGCAAGGAAGAGUGAAAGAACCACCCAAGUGUACGAGUGAUACAUGUUCAGGCUCGUCAUGGAUACUCAUUCACAACCGGUGUCAAUUUUAUGACAAACAAGUGAUCAAACUUCAAGAAACACCAGAGAGUAUUCCAGAAGGUGAAACGCCACAUACAGUGAAUUUGUGUGUUUUUGACUCGUUAACAGACAGUGUCAAACCAGGUGACAGAGUUAAAGUGACAGCAAUUUAUAGAGCCAUUCCAAUUCGUAUCAGCUCGAAACAACGAAAAGUCAAGAAUAUUUUCAAAACCUAUUUGGAUGUUUUGGGAUUUGAAAAAAUUGGAAUUAGUAUCUUGAAUGGAGAAUUAACACGAGCAACAACGGGUGGUAGCGGCAGCACAAGUAACUCUGCAUCUCUUGAAGAAGCCGAUGAAGAGGAACAAUUAGCCAAAUUAAUGAACAUUACUCCUCAAGAAGAAGCGGAAAUCAAAGAACUGGCACAAAAUCCAAAUAUUUAUCAAAUGUUGCAAGAUUCCAUUGCACCUGGUGUUUUUGAAAUGAGUAGUGUCAAGAAGGGUAUUCUGUGUCAGCUCUUUGGAGGUACAAACAAAAAGAUACCAAAUGGUCAAUUGAGAGGAGAAAUUCACAUUUUGCUGUGUGGUGAUCCUGGUGUAAGCAAGUCUCAACUCUUAAUUCAAGUUCACAAAAUUGCUCCAAGAGGAAUUUAUACAUCAGGAAAAGGAAGUUCAGCUGUUGGUCUAACUGCAUACGUCACAAAAGAUCCAGAUUCUGGCGACAUGGUCCUAGAGAGUGGUGCUUUGGUGUUAUCGGAUCUGGGUAUUUGCUGUAUUGACGAGUUUGACAAAAUGUCAGAUCAAACUCGAUCCGUUUUGCACGAAGUCAUGGAACAAUGUACUGUUUCAGUUGCUAAGGCUGGUAUUAUCUGUACUCUCAAUGCAAGAACCUCCAUAUUGGCAGCAGCGAAUCCUAAAGAGUCACGAUACAACUCCAAUCUCUCCAUUGUAGAGAAUAUUCAACUUCCACCCACUCUCCUGUCUCGUUUCGAUUUAAUUUUCCUUUUACAUGACAUACCUGACCGAGAUCAAGAUGAAAAACUUGCCAAGCACAUUAUUUCUCUUCACUUUGAUGUGCCCACUGAUUAUUCCACAAAUAUUAUUCCAAAAGAUCUUUUGGCGAAAUAUAUUGCCUAUGCUCGAAAUAAGAUACAUCCUGUCAUUACGGAUGAAGUGAAACCAUAUCUUAUUGAGGGAUAUUUAGGUCUUCGAAAAUUCGGCUCUCACAAAAAGAAUAUCACAGCAACGACUCGACAAUUGGAAUCUUUAAUUCGUUUAUCUGAAAGCUUGGCAAGAAUGAAAUUGAAACCGACGGUGCAACGCGAGGAUGUUGAGGAAGCUCUCAGACUCGUUCGAGAGUCUAUAUUUAAGGCAGCGUUUGAUCCCAAAACAGGUACCAUUGAUAUUGAUUUGCUUCAAACUGGACGAUCAUCUGCAGACAGAGAUUUGGAAAAUUUGAACGACGAGGAAACCUUUGGAAUGGAAGAGGAAUUGUAG